AUGCCGACGACCACUUGGAUGCCGUCGACGAGUGAGAAUCCGACAACCGAACUGCACACGACCGAAGGAACGACCAUCGGAACCUCUGAGACCACGGGUCAGCCGAGUUCGACGAUUGUACCUUCAUCCACAAUGCCGACGACCACUUGGAUGCCUUCGACGAGUGAGAAUCCGACGACCGAACUGCACACAACCGAAGGAACGACCAUCGGAACCUCUGAGACCACGGGUCAGCCGAGUUCGACGAUUGUACCUUCAUCCACAAUGCCGACGACCACUUGGAUGCCUUCGACGAGUGAGAAUCCGACGACCGAACUGCACACGACAGAAGGAACGACCAUCGGAACGUCUGAGACCACGGAUCAGCCGAGUUCGACGAUUGUACCUUCGUCCACAAUGCCGACGACCACUUCGAUGCCUUCGACGAGUGAGAAUCCGACAACCGAACUGUACACGACCGAAGGAACGACUAUCGGAACCUCUGAGACCACGGGUCAGCCGAGUUCGACGAUUGUACCUUCAUCCACAAUGCCGACGACCACUUGGAUGCCUUCGACGAGUGAGAAUCCGACGACCGAACUGCACACAACCGGAGGAACGACCAUCGGAACCUCUGAGACCACCGGUCAGCCGAGUUCGACGAUUGUACCUUCAUCCACAAUGCCGACGACCACUUGGAUGCCUUCGACGAGUGAGAAUCCGACGACCGAACUGCACACGUCAGAAGGAACGACCAUCGGAACGUCUGAGACCACGGAUCAGCCGAGUUCGACGAUUGUACCUUCGUCCACAAUGACGCCGACCACUUGGAUGCCUUCGACGAGUGAGAGUCCGACAACCGAACUGUACACGACCGAAGGAACGACUAUCGGAACCUCUGAGACCACGGGUCAGUCGAGUUCGACGAUUGUAACAUCCACAAUGUCGACGACCACUUGGAUGCCGUCGACGAGUGAGAAUCCGACAACCGAACUGUACACGACCGAAGGAACGACUAUCGGAACCUCUGAGACCACGGGUCAGCCGAGUUCGACGAUUGUACCUUCAUCCACAAUGCCGACGACCACUUGGAUGCCUUCGACGAGUGAGAAUCCGACGACCGAACUGCACACGACAGAAGGAACGACCAUCGGAACGUCUGAGACCACGGAUCAGCCGAGUUCGACGAUUGUACCUUCGUCCACAAUGACGCCGACCACUUGGAUGCCUUCGACGAGUGAGAGUCCGACCACCGAACUGUACACGACCGAAGGAACGACCAUCGGAACCUCUGAGACCACGGGUCAGUCGAGUUCGACGAUUGUAACAUUCACAAUGUCGACGACCACUUGGAUGCCGUCGACGAGUGAGAAUCCGACAACCGAACUGUACACGACCGAAGGAACGACUAUCGGAACCUCUGAGACCACGGGUCAGCCGAGUUCGACGAUUGUACCUUCAUCCACAAUGCCGACGACCACUUGGAUGCCUUCGACGAGUGAGAAUCCGACGACCGAACUGCACACAACCGAAGGAACGACCAUCGGAACCUCUGAGACCACGGGUCAGCCGAGUUCGACGAUUGUACCUUCGUCCACAAUGCCGACGACCACUUCGAUGCUUUCGACGAGUGAGAGUCCGACAACCGAACUGUACACGACCGAAGGAACGACUAUCGGAACAUCUGAGACGACGGGUCAGUUGAGUUCGACGAUUGUAACAUCCAGAAUGUCGACGACCACUUGGAUGCCUUCGACGAGUGAGAAUCCGACGACCGAACUGCACACGACAGAAGGAACGACCAUCGGAACCUCUGAGACCACAGGUCAGCCGAGUUCGACGAUUGUACCUUCAUCCACAAUGCCGACGACCACUUGGAUGCCGUCGACGAGUGAGAAUCCGACAACCGAACUGUACACGACCGAAGGAACGACUAUCGGAACCUCUGAGACCACGGGUCAGCCGAGUUCGACGAUUGUACCUUCGUCCACAAUGCCGACGACCACUUGGAUGCCUUCGACGAUUGACAAUCCGACGACCGAACCGCACACGACAGAAGGAACGACCAUCGGAACCUCUGAGACUACGGGUCAGCCGAGUUCGACGAUUGUACCUUCGUCCACAAUGCCGACGACCACUUGGAUGCCUUCGACAAGUGAGAAUCCGACGACCGAACCGCACACGACAGUAGGAACGACCAUCGGAACCUCUGAGACUACGGGUCAGCCGAGUUCGACGAUUGUACCUUCGUCCACAAUGCCGACGACCACUUGGAUGCCUUCGACAAGUGAUAGUCCGACAACCGAACUGUACACGACCGAAGGAACGACUAUCGGAACCUCUGAGACGACGGGUCAGUUGAGUUCGACGAUUGUAACAUCCAGAAUGUCGACGACCACUUGGAUGCCUUCGACGAGUGAUAAUCCGACGACCGAACUGUACACGACAGAAGGAACGACCAUCGGAACCUCUGAGACCACGGGUCAGCCGAAUUCGACGAUUGUACCUUCAUCCACAAUGCUUACGACCACUUGGAUGCCUUCGACGAGUGAGAAUCCGACAACCGAACUGUACACGACCGAAGGAACGACUAUCGGAACCUCUGAGACCACGGGUCGGCCGAGUUCGACGAUUGUACCUUCAUCCACAAUGCCGACGACCACUUGGAUGCCUUCGACGAGUGAGAGUCCGACAACCGAACCGCACACGACGGUAGGAACGACCAUCGGAACCUCUGAGACUACGGGUCAGCCGAGUUCGACGAUUGUACCUUCGUCCACAAUGCCGACGACCACUUGGAUGCCUUCGACGAGUGAGAGUCCGACAACCGAACUGUACACGACCGAAGGAACGACUAUCGGAACCUCUGAGACGACGGGUCAGUUGAGUUCGACGAUUGUAACAUCCAGAAUGUCGACGACCACUUGGAUGCCUUCGACGAGUGACAAUCCGACGACCGAACUGUACACGACAGAAGGAACGACCAUCGGAACCUCUGAGACCACGGGUCAGCCGAAUUCGACGAUUGUACCUUCAUCCACAAUGCCGACGACCACUUGGAUGCCUUCGACGAGUGAGAAUCCGACAACCGAACUGUACACGACCGAAGGAACGACUAUCGGAACCUCUGAGACGACGGGUCAGUUGAGUUCGACGAUUGUAACAUCCAGAAUGUCGACGACCACUUGGUUGCCUUCGACGAGUGACAAUCCGACGACCGAACUGCACACGACAGCAGGAACGACCAUCGGAACCUCUGAGACCACAGGUCAGCCGGGUUCGACGAUUGUACCUUCAUCCACAAUGCCGACGACCACUUGGAUGCCGUCGACGAGUGAGAAUCCGACAACCGAACUGUACACGACCGAAGGAACGACUAUCGGAACCUCUGAGACCACGGGUCAGCCGAGUUCGACGAUUGUACCUUCGUCCACAAUGCCGACGACCACUUGGAUGCCUUCGACGAGCGAGAAUCCGACGACCGAACUGCACACGACAGAAGGAACGACCAUCGGAACGUCUGAGACCACGGAUCAGCCGAGUUCGACGAUUGUACCUUCGUCCACAAUGCCGACGACCACUUCGAUGCCUUCGACGAGUGAGAGUCCGACAACCGAACUGUACACGACCGAAGGAACGACUAUCGGAAUCUCUGAGACGACGGGUCAGUUGAGUUCGACGAUUGUAACAUCCAGAAUGUCGACGACCACUUGGAUGCCUUCGACGAGUGAGAAUCCGACGACCGAACUGCACACGACAGAAGGAACGACCAUCGGAACCUCUGAGACCACAGGUCAGCCGAGUUCGACGAUUGUACCUUCAUCCACAAUGCCGACCACCACUUGGAUGCCGUCGACGAGUGAGAAUCCGACGACCGAACCGCACACGACAGAAGGAACGACCAUCGGAACCUCUGAGACUACGGGUCAGCCGAGUUCGACGAUUGUACCUUCGUCCACAAUGCCGACGACCACUUGGAUGCCUUCGACGAUUGACAAUCCGACGACCGAACCGCACACGACAGAAGGAACGACCAUCGGAACCUCUGAGACUACGGGUCAGCCGAGUUCGACGAUUGUACCUUCGUCCACAAUGCCGACGACCACUUGGAUGCCUUCGACAAGUGAGAAUCCGACGACCGAACCGCACACGACAGUAGGAACGACCAUCGGAACCUCUGAGACUACGGGUCAGCCGAGUUCGACGAUUGUACCUUCGUCCACAAUGCCGACGACCACUUGGAUGCCUUCGACGAGCGACAAUCCGACGACCGAACUGCACACGACAGAAGGAACGACCAUCGGAACCUCUGAGACCACGGGUCAGCCGAGUUCGACGAUUGUACCUUCAUCCACAAUGCCGACGACCACUUGGAUGCCUUCGACGAGUGAGAAUCCGACAACCGAACUGUACACGACCGAAGGAACGACCAUGGGAACCUCUGAGACCACGGGUCAGCCAAGUUCGACGAUUGUACCUUCAUCCACAAUGGCGACGACCACUUGGAUGCCUUCGACGAGUGAGAAUCCGACGACCGAACUGCACACGACAGAAGGAACGACCAUCGGAACCUCUGAGACCACGGGUCAGGCGAGUUCGACGAUUGCACCUUCGUCCACAAUGCCGACGACCACUUGGAUGCCUUCGACGAGCGACAAUCCGACGACCGAACUGCACACGACAGAAGGAACGACCAUCGGAACCUCUGAGACCACGGGUCAGCCGAGUUCGACAAUUGUACCUUCAUCCACAAUGCCGACGACCACUUGGAUGCCUUCGACGAGUGAGAAUCCGACAACCGAACUGUACACGACCGAAGGAACGACUAUCGGAACCUCUGAGACCACGGGUCAGCCGAGUUCGACGAUUGUACCUUCAUCCACAAUGCCGACGACCACUUGGAUGCCUUCGACGAGUGAGAAUCCGACGACCGAACCGCACACGACAGAAGGAACGACCAUCGGAACCUCUGAGACCACGGGUCAGCCAAGUUCGACGAUUGUACCUUCAUCCACAAUGCCGACGACCACUUGGAUGCCUUCGACGAGUGACAAUCCGACGACCGAACUGCACACGACAGAAGGAACGACCAUCGGAACCUCUGAGACCACGGGUCAGCCAAGUUCGACGAUUGUACCUUCAUCCACAAUGCCGACGACCACUUGGAUGCCUUCGACGAGUGAGAAUCCGACAACCGAACUGUACACGACCGAAGGAACGACUAUCGAAACCUCUGAGACCACGGGUCGGCCGAGUUCGACGAUUGUACCUUCAUCCACAAUGCCGACGACCACUUGGAUGCCUUCGACAAGUGAGAAUCCGACGACCGAACCGCACACGACAGAAGGAACGACCAUCGGAACCUCUGAGACCACGGGUCAGCCAAGUUCGACGAUUGUACCUUCAUCCACAAUGCCGACGACCACUUGGAUGCCUUCGACGAGUGACAAUCCGACGACCGAACUGCACACGACAGAAGGAACGACCAUCGGAACCUCUGAGACCACGGGUCAGCCAAGUUCGACGAUUGUACCUUCAUCCACAAUGCCGACGACCACUUGGAUGCCUUCGACGAGUGAGAAUCCGACAACCGAACUGUACACGACCGAAGGAACGACUAUCGAAACCUCUGAGACCACGGGUCGGCCGAGUUCGACGAUUGUACCUUCAUCCACAAUGCCGACGACCACUUGGAUGCCUUCGACAAGUGAGAAUCCGACGACCGAACCGCACACGACAGAAGGAACGACCAUCGGAACCUCUGAGACCACGGGUCAGCCGAGUUCGACGAUGGUACCUUCAUCCACAAUGCCGACGACCACUUGGAUGCCUUCGACGAGUGAGAAUGCGACAACCGAACUGUACACGACCGAAGGAACGACUAUCGGAACCUCUGAGACCACGGGUCAGCUUAGUUCGACGAUUGUACCUUCAUCCACAAUGCCGACGACCACUUGGAUGCCUUCAACGAGUGAGAAUCCGACAACCGAACUGUACACGACCGAAGGAACGACUAUCGGAACCUCUGAGACCACGGGUCAGCCGAGUUCGACGAUUGUACCUUCAUCCACAAUGUCGAGGACCACUUGGAUGCCUUCGACGAGUGACAAUCCGACGACCGAACUGCACACGACCGAAGGAACGACCAUUGGAAUCUCUGAGACCACGGGUCAGCCAAGUUCGACGAUUGUACCUUCAUCCACAAUGCCGACGACCACUUGGAUGCCUUCGACGAGUGAGAAUCCGACAACCGAACUGUACACGACCGAAGGAACGACCAUCGGAACCUCUGAGACCACCGGUCAGCCGAGUUCGACGAUUGUACCUUCAUCCACAAUGCCGACGACCACUUGGAUGCCUUCGACGAGUGAGAAUCCGACAACCGAAAUGUACACGACAGAAGGUACGGCCAUCGGAACCUCUGAGACCACGGGUCAGCCGAGUUCGACGAUUGUACCUUCAUCUACAAUGGCGACGACCACUUGGAUGCCUUCGACGAGUGAGAAUCCGACGACCGAACUGCACACGACAGAAGGAACGACCAUCGGAACCUCUGAGAGCACGGGUCAGCCAAGUUCGACAAUUGUACCUUCAUCCACAAUGGCGACGACCACUUGGAUGCCUUCGACGAGUGAGAAUCCGACGACCGAACUGCACACGACAGAAGGAACGACCAUCGGAACCUCUGAGACCACGGGUCAGCCGAGUUCGACGAUUGUACCUUCAUCCACAAUGCCGACGACCACUUGGUUGCCUUCGACGAGUGAGAAUCCGACAACCGAAAUGUACACGACAGAAGGAACGACCAUCGGAACCUCUGAGACCGCGGGUCAGCCGAGUUCGACGAUUGUACCUUCGUCCACAAUGCCGACGACCACUUGGAUGCCUUCGAUGAGUGAGAAUCCGACGACCGAACUGUACACGACAGAAGGAACGACCAUCGGAACCUCUGAGACCACGGGUCAGCCGAGUUCGACGAUUGUACUUUCGUCCACAAUGCCGACGACCACUUGGAUGCCUUCGAUGAGUGAGAAUCCGACGACCGAACUGUACACGACAGAAGGAACGACCAUCGGAACCUCUGAGACCACGGGUCAGCCGAGUUCGACGAUUGUAACUUCAUCCAUAAUGCCGACGACCACUUGGAUGCCUUCGACGAGUGAGAAUCCGACGACCGAACCGCACACGACAGAAGGAACGACCAUCGGAGCUUUUGAGACCACGGGUCAGCCGGGUUCGACGAUUGUACCUUCAUCCACAAUGCCGACGACCACUUGGAUGCCUUCGACGAGUGACAAUCCGACGACCGAACUGCACACGACAGAAGGAACGACCAUCGGAACCUCUGAGACCACGGGUCAGCCAAGUUCGACGAUUGUACCUUCAUCCACAAUGGCGACAACCACUUGGAUGCCUUCGACGAGUGAGAAUCCGACGACCGAACUGCACACGACAGAAGGAACGACCAUCGGAACGUCUGAGACCACGGGUCAGCCGAGUUCGACGAUUGUACCUUCAUCCACAAUGCCGACGACCACUUGGAUGCCUUCGACGAGUGACAAUCCGACGACCGAACUGUACACGACAGAAGGAACGACUAUCGGAACCUCUGAGACCACGGGUCAGCCAAGUUCGACGAUUGUACCUUCGUCCACAAUGCCGACGACCACUUGGAUGCCUUCGACGAGUGAGAAUCCGACGACCGAACUGUACACGACAGAAGGAACGACCAUCGGAACCUCUGAGACCACGGGUCAGCCGAGUUCGACGAUUGUAACUUCAUCCAUAAUGCCGACGACCACUUGGAUGCCUUCGACGAGUGAGAAUCCGACGACCGAACCGCACACGACAGAAGGAACGACCAUCGGAGCUUUUGAGACCACGGGUCAGCCGGGUUCGACGAUUGUACCUUCAUCCACAAUGCCGACGACCACUUGGAUGCCUUCGACGAGUGACAAUCCGACGACCGAACUGCACACGACAGAAGGAACGACCAUCGGAACCUCUGAGACCACGGGUCAGCCAAGUUCGACGAUUGUACCUUCAUCCACAAUGGCGACAACCACUUGGAUGCCUUCGACGAGUGAGAAUCCGACGACCGAACUGCACACGACAGAAGGAACGACCAUCGGAACGUCUGAGACCACGGGUCAGCCGAGUUCGACGAUUGUACCUUCAUCCACAAUGCCGACGACCACUUGGAUGCCUUCGACGAGUGACAAUCCGACGACCGAACUGUACACGACAGAAGGAACGACUAUCGGAACCUCUGAGACCACGGGUCAGCCAAGUUCGACGAUUGUACCUUCGUCCACAAUGCCGACGACCACUUGGAUGCCUUCGACGAGUGAGAAUCCGACGACCGAACUGUACACGACAGAAGGAACGACCAUCGGAACCUCUGAGACCACGGGUCAGCCGAGUUCGACGAUUGUAACUUCAUCCAUAAUGCCGACGACCACUUGGAUGCCUUCGACGAGUGAGAAUCCGACGACCGAACCGCACACGACAGAAGGAACGACCAUCGGAACCUCUGAGACCACGGGUCAGCCGAGUUCGACGAUUGUACCUUCAUCCACAAUGCCGACCACCACUUGGAUGCCUUCGACGACGGAGAAUCCGACAACCGAACUGUUCACGAUACAUUCAUCCACAAUGCCGACGAUCGCUCGGAUGCCUUCGAUGAGUGAAAGCCCGACUGUCGAUAAC